AUGUCAAUGCUAGGAACAUGGGCAGACCAUAUUAUUAUACAAGCAGUUGCGAAUGCGACCAGUUUGAGAAUUCAUAUAACUGAAAGUGCACCAAAUUUUUGUGAACCAACCGUUGUAAGCUCUGUUUAUGUUGAGUCUGGCGAAAACGUAACAGAUAUUUAUAUCAGACAUCUUGAUGAACUACACUAUGCGUCAACAACACCCACUGCACAAUCUGUUUCUCGACAAGUGGAAAAUGGGAAAGCAAAUAAGCUGCAGCCAAAACCAAACUCGCAAAAUUUACAAACUAAAAGUAGAAAAAGCUAUAUGAGAGAAUACAUGAUGAAAACAAGAAAGGAUGAAAAUUUAAAAAAAAAGGAAAAUGAAAGAAAGAAAACAUAUAAUAAAAAUUACAGAACAGCAAAUCCAGAAAAAGUUAAAGAAUUGCUUAAAAAGGCCGCUGUGACAUACAGACAAUCAAAUCCUGACAAGGAGAAACAAACAAAAAUCAAAUAUAGAGAAUCAAAUCCUGAAAAGACUAAAGAUUCCUUUAAGAAGGCCACUGCAACAUACACACAAUCAAAUCCUGAUAAGGUAAAACAAACAAAAAUCACAUAUAGAAAAUCAAAUCCUAAAAAAAUUAAAGAUUCUUCUAAAAAGUCCACUGUAACAUACAGACAAUCAAACAUCGAGAAAAGUAAGAGAAUCGUCAAAAAUAUCAAGUAG